AGAUGGUGGAGGACGGUGCAGAGGAGCUGGAGGAUCUGGUGCAUUUCUCCGUGUCCGAGUUGCCGAGUCGCGGCUAUGGCGUCAUGGAAGAGAUCCGGAGGCAGGGCAAGCUGUGCGACGUGACCCUCAAGAUCGGGGACCACAAAUUCAGUGCUCACCGGAUCGUCUUAGCAGCCUCAAUCCCGUACUUCCACGCUAUGUUUACAAAUGACAUGAUGGAGUGCAAGCAGGAUGAGAUCGUAAUGCAAGGAAUGGACCCAAGUGCCCUGGAGGCUCUCAUCAACUUUGCCUACAACGGUCACCUCGCCAUUGACCAACAGAAUGUCCAGUCAUUGCUGAUGGGCGCGAGCUUCCUGCAGCUGCAAAGCAUCAAAGAUGCCUGCUGCACGUUUCUCCGAGAACGACUUCACCCCAAAAACUGCUUAGGUGUUCGCCAGUUUGCAGAGACAAUGAUGUGUGCUGUGCUGUACGAUGCAGCCAACAGCUUUAUCCACCAACACUUCGUGGAGGUGUCUGUCUCGGAAGAGUUCCUGACACUGCCCUUGGAAGAUGUGCUGGAGCUGCUCUCCAGAGAUGAGCUGAAUGUUCGAUCAGAGGAGCAGGUCUUCGAAGCCGCAUUAGCCUGGAUCAGAUACGACCAGGAGCAGAGAGGGCCCUGCCUUCCUGAGCUGCUUUCCAAUAUCCGUCUGCCCCUCUGCCGGCCACAAUUCCUGGCAGACCGAGUGCAGCAGGAUGAUCUGGUGCGUUGCUGCCAUAAAUGCAGAGACCUGGUGGAUGAAGCAAAGGACUAUCACCUCAUGCCUGAGCGCCGGCCGCACCUGCCAGCUUUCCGAACUCGGCCUCGAUGCUGCACAUCCAUCACUGGGCUUAUUUAUGCUGUGGGGGGCCUCAACUCAGCAGCAAACUUCUAUGCAGGUGAUUCCCUGAACGUGGUGGAAGUGUUCGACCCGGUCGCCAACCGCUGGGAGAAGUGCCAUCCCAUGACGACAGCCCGCAGCCGCGUCGGGGUGGCUGUAGUGAACGGGCUGCUCUAUGCCAUCGGAGGGUAUGACGGCCAGCUUCGGCUGAGCACUGUGGAAGUCUACAACCCAGAGACGGACGCAUGGACCAGAGUGGGGAGCAUGAAUAGCAAGAGAAGUGCUAUGGGGACAGUCGUGCUUGAUGGACAGAUCUAUGUAUGUGGUGGCUACGAUGGCAACUCCUCUCUCAACUCUGUGGAGACCUACUCACCUGAGACGGACAAGUGGACAAUGGUGACCCCGAUGAGCUCAAAUCGCAGUGCUGCUGGGGUCACGAUAUUUGAGGGCAGGAUAUACGUGUCGGGCGGCCAUGACGGUCUGCAGAUCUUCAACAGUGUGGAACAUUACAACCACCACACAGCCACUUGGCACCCCGCAGCGGCCAUGCUCAACAAGCGCUGCCGGCAUGGCGCCGCCUCCCUGGGGAGCAAGAUGUUUGUGUGUGGGGGCUACGACGGUUCUGGCUUCCUCAGCAUCGCCGAGAUGUACAACUCGGUAGCAGACCAGUGGUGCCUGAUCGUCCCCAUGCACACGCGCCGGAGCCGGGUCUCCCUGGUAGCCAGCUGUGGGCGCCUCUAUGCCGUGGGGGGUUACGACGGACAAUCCAACCUAAGUUCAGUGGAGAUGUACGACCCAGAGACGGACCGCUGGACAUUUAUGGCCCCCAUGGCCUGUCAUGAGGGAGGGGUGGGAGUCGGCUGCAUCCCUCUACUCACCGUCUAAGGCAGAGGGGGAAUGCAGAAGGGUAGGGAUCGGGUACACAGAGGCACUUUCUCCCGGGCACAGUCCCUCUGGGGAGGGGCAGUGCACCAGAAGAUGGGGUGAAACACAGGCUCGCCCAAGAUAGUGCUUUCCAGGUGCUCAAGUCUUCCAUUGCUCUGCUGCCCUGGUGACCUUCAUAUCCUAGGUCAAGAAGUACAACAUGGGGCAGAAGCCCCAGCGAGUCCCGAAGCUGUUGGCACAGGACAGCUUUCCUGGUCCACACAUACACAGGUUCCAUCCAAGAAUAGCUCCCACCUCCAUCACACUGUGGGCCACCCGCUUGCCAUCAACGAAG